GUGAGGUAGAUCGCGUUGCUAGCUGAUCUUCCUUUGGAUGCAAAAUGUCUCAUAAUCUGUUCACCAGUGAUGGCAAAAUGAUCACGAUAAUGCACCAUUAACGAACGUGUUGUCGGGAUUACAAAAUAAAAGAUGAACAGCUCCGGGAGAAGCGAGAGUGAGUGGCAGGGGCUGGUGAACGAGUUCCUGAUUUGUAAGCGCAAGUUGGAGAGCAAGAAAGAGGCUCUCCUAAUUCUGUCCAAGGAGCUGGACACCUGCCAGCAGGAGAGGGACCAGUACAAGCUGAUGGCCAACCAGCUCCGCGAGCGGCACCAGGGACUCAAGAAGAAGUACAGGGAACUCAUAGAUGGAGAUCCCACUCUGCCUCCUGAAAAACGGAACCAGGUGAAUUUAGCCCAGCUGUUGAGAGACUCCAGAGAGAAAAGUAAGCAGCUCUCCGAGGAGGUGAAGGAGCUGAAACAACGCCUGGUAGAGGCUCAAGGUGACAACAAGCUUUUACGAAUGACCAUCACCAGACAGAGGCUGGGAGACGAGGAGGUCGGUGUGAGACACUUCCCCGCCCACGAGCGAGAGGACCUGGUCAAGCAGCUGGAGAGAGCGAGAGAGCAGAACGAGGUGCUGGAGCACAGCGUGAAGUCGCUGACUGACGAGCUUCAAGAUGUGAGAGCGGAGCGAAACGUGUUUCAGGAGAAGGCUCAUCGGCUCAACAUGGAAAUGAACCACAUUUUGGGGAACGAUGAGAUUCGGAUUUUAGAUGUAGACGCGCUCUGCAUGGAAAACAGGUAUUUACAUGAACGCUUCAGACAACUGCAAGAGGAGGUCAACAUGCUCAAAACGAAUCUUACCAAAUACAAGAGUGCUCUGGAAAGCAGGAAGAACUCCAAAAUCUGCGGAAAACCCAACAGUAGUGCACUCACCGGGGUUCUCUCUGCCAAACAAGUGCACGAGCUACUUCUCUCUGAGGAAAACGGCUGCAGCUUGCCAGUGACUCCCCAGUCCAUCUCGGACCUCAAGUCCCUCGCCACGGCCCUGCUGGAGACCAUCCAUGAGAAGAACAUGGUCAUUCAGCACCAGCGGCAAACCAACAAAAUUCUUGGGAACCGAGUUGGAGAGUUGGAGAAGAAACUGAAGACACUGGAGGCGGCUGGAUUAUGGAGCUUGCCAGGUCUGACUUAUGAUGUCUCUCUGGGAUUAUGUGGAAGAGGAAAAGACACUAUCAACCUAAAUCCUCCGCAGACGGUGUUAAGCCCUCUAAGCCAGGAAGGAAAUGAAGGGUCAGAAAGUGUUGCCGUCAGCCAGCAGAACUCCUCAGAAUCACCAUACCAAGCAGUGGAAUCACCCGCUGCGUCUGGUGUUCAGCAUGAACUCGAAAAGGAACCAUCCUCUCCAUCCUGUGAGGAAACAUCUCAGCAAGAGGACGUGGCGGCCAGCCCUCAAGCAGAGGCGCCAAAGGGCGAGGAAUGCCACAGCAAUCAGCAAUCACAGAUCACCACGGAGUCGACGGCUUCAACGUGUCUCCAGUUAGAGGAAAGCGGAUGUUGGAGCGCUUCCCCUCCCGCAGAGACGGAUGGAAAAGCCCCCGAUCUGCUAGACUCUGGCCGGCCUCGGCAACCUUCAGAGAGCUCCAGCACUGAAGGAGGGGAGGCUGAGUCAGAUGCACCCUCUGUUGAGACUGAGCGUAUCCCAGCGGCAAAUAACACAAAUAUUGCUUCACCCCCUUCUGCCUCUGCUGCAACAAAAAUGUCUGCUGAGGAACAAGAGGAGGUCCAGUCAAAGGAGGAGGCCGAGAGUUCAGACGUGACAGAUGUGUGUGUCAGUCACGGCGUCUGACGUCCUCCAGUAGGUGCUCACAUGAUGCAGAACACUGGGAGGAAAAAGCACAUUUUUAAGAAUUACCUGUGAUGUUGAUGUUGAUCAUGAUAAAGUUUAAAUAUUAAUAUAAAACUCGUAGGACAUAUAUUCAAUUUACAUUUCCAGUUUCUUCUGGAUAAUGAAAAAAUCUGUAGAUAAUGCGUCUUUUUUUGUUGUUUUUAGCAAUAAUGACUGACUUAAAGCAGUGGGUUAUGUCACGUUACGCUGAGCAGGCAUCAUUUCAUGACAAUUUUACAUGAUUAUCCUCAGCUUAAAAUAAUUGCUGCUUUUUCAUAACAGAUACCAAACAUCUGUUAUUUCAGUUUGAAAAAUACCUAUUUACAGAUGCUUUAAAAAAUAUUUGGAUGCUAGAUGAAGGAUUUUCACUGUGAAAUUAGUUAGGAUGACUGAUUGCAGACCUAAAUUUAAAAAAAAAAAAAAAAAACAACAACAAAACAGAUUAUGUAAUUUGUCAAACCAGUAUCGCAAAGUGAUCUGACUUGUGCUCUCACUGUCCAGUUUGGGAGUUUCAGGCUUGUUUCUUGUUUAAUGCCUUCGGGUAACGUGACAUCAUUGUAAUCAAUGAUCUCUCCAGUAGAAAUAGAAGUUGAAUGAAUGUAGGGUGCAAACUACCAAAUUAUACAUCAAUGGUAUAGAGAGAGGAGAUUAUGAAAUAUACUGAUAAAAUGCAGAUAAGGGCUAUGGCACGACACUGAUGGGUAUCACGAUAUAGUUGCUGCAACAGUGCUUUUGAUUUCCCUGCCUUUGAUUGUGGAAUUUCCUUUGAGUUUGACUGGAAUAAUCUGAAGUUUUUUGAAGCCAGCUCUCAUUUGGCUCUCAGUCUAAACAGGAAGAAUGUUGUUUGCAUUUUAUUUCUGCUGAGGAACUGUGUUACACUCUGAUGCAGAUCAUUUAGCUGCGAUUCCUCAGCUGUCUAUCAAUAGAAAGUCGUUUUUGGGUGUGGGCUGGUUUUAGCUGCACAGUUUCCAGUCCUGUCACUCCUUUCUUUUAGUACCUCUCAUCCCCUGAUCCCCAUGGACAUUAAGAUGCCAUAUUAUGUGUCUUAAAAAACAAAUCUUUAAAUUGCUCUUUACCCCCUUUUAAUAUAGGUGGUGGAACAUGAUACAGAGAGAUUUACUUUUUUUUUUGUUUGUUUUUUUUUUUGUUUACAUUGUUACCAAAUUCUGACCAGAAGGUGCAGCCAGUUGCUCCAAAACCUAACCCGCUGUAGUUCUGUUUCAAUGUUAAUGUUGUAGCAUUAGAUGGCAGGCUUUUUAAGUUCCUCAACCCACAAUAUUUAGAAAGCUGUUUAAAAUGCUGCAUGACAAUAAACAAGUUUAAAAAAAAAACACUUAAAAUGUUUAAAAUGCAAAACAUGUACAAAGAUAAUUGUUUGUUUUCUCCACUGUUUUUGUUUCAUCACAAUAUUUAGACAAACUAUUUUACUAGACAAAUAUUUAGUGUUAUUUCAAAGUGUUUUGACAGUUGACGGUGCACUAACACAGAUGCUCAUUCCACACACUUUUGUAUAAAAAAUACAUAUACAUAUAUAUAUAUAUACUGUAGCAGGAUGAGGCCACAGCUUCUAGAUAACCAGCACAGCUGUCUUCAUGCUAUUCUUAAGAAGUAACAUUAACUUACACAACAGCAAUUACACAGAACAUUAACCAUCUGUGUGGAAGUGUUAAAUGUGCACAAAAUGUAUUUUUCUGCAAAAUAAAUUACUUUUCAAUGAA